AUGGCUGGAUUUGUUGACUCAAGAGAACUGGACUCUACAAAAUACCCAUCAACCAAUUCUGGGAGAAGCUCGCGCGCGAAUUUUUCGGGCGAUUCAAUCAUCUCUGUUCUCUAUUGCGUGAAACAUGACGGAAAGUUAGUCCAGUCUUACUGCAAGCAACACAAGGACGUGUGUUGCAGCAUGUGUGUCGCCGUGAGUCACGGCGAAUGCGUGAAAUAUGGUGAAAAUGGUGUCGUUACCAUUGAGACCGUUGCUAAGGACGUUGUCACUAGCGACGAGCUCAAGAAAGUGAGAGAAAAUGUGGACAGCGUGUUAAAAGAUGUUGACAAGAUCAAAACACAACGUCAACAGAAUCUAGCAUUUUUGAGCGCGACUAAAAAUUCGAUUUACACUGAAAUAAGCGAGUACACUGCGAGGUUGAAAGCGAAAAUCGACGAAAUAGAUAAAAGAACUCAAGCGCAUCUCGGUGAAGUUUAUGUUAAGUCGGCCGGGGCGGUUGAGCAAGACAUUCAACUCUGUGACGCUGUUUCUGAUUCGCUGCGUGCACUACCUACCCUUCUCAGUGGCGAGCGAACGGAAGCGGAAGUGGAGCUGUUCAUUCAAAUGAAGAAAGCGGAGAAGAGACUCAGUGAAGGAAGAACCAUUCUGGAAACAGUUGGAAGCAGGGUCAAUGCAGAAGUUCUGAACUUUCAGAUAGACAGAACGUAUGAAAAUGAUUUGCUUUCACGUGAUUCUCUCGGUAGAUUCAAACUCGCGCAAAGAACAUAUACGGCAACUCCCUUGAAAGAGCUCAAGAUAGGUUCUAAGUUCGAUACGGGUCUAAAUCAUAACGUUGUUGGCUUAACCCAACUACCGGACGGUAAACUAGUGACACUACACGGAAUUGACCGUAAAUUGAAAGUACUUGACGCGUGUUGCAAGGUUUUAGACCAAGCGGAUUUGUCCGCAAAGCCAUUCGGUAUAUGUUACUACGAAGGCAGUGACGUCAUCAUAAGCUUGAACAGCAAAAAUCUCCAGUUCGUGACGAUAUCCGGCAGCACAGGGAAGGCAAAGCCUUGGAAGAUGAUAAAAGUCGGCAUAGAAUGCUACGGACUGGCGGCAAGAGCCGGGGAAAUAUUCGUAGCCUGUGGUGGCGGCAGCGUCUACGAGGCGAAGGCUCAGCUGCGGGUGUACAACACAACGGGCGUUCUUAUCCGACUGAUAGAACGCGGGACGGAUACCAAACCGAUUUUCAGUUCUCCGAGAUACUUGGCGUUGAGCCAAGACGGCAACACGGUUUACAUCUCCGAUCUCGACCGAGGUGUCGUGACGUUUGACGUCAAGAAGAGCGUCAUUUCGGGAUUCUGGAGCAGACGACUUAAGUCUCCGCGAGGAAUCUCUGUCGAUGCCGACGGGAAUGUGGUCGUCGUCGGUAAUCAGUCAAAUAACGUUAUUCAAUUCAACAGAGACGGUAAAAUCGUGUCCACUCUUUUAUCGGAAGCCGACGGCAUACUCGGUCCACUUGCGAUGUAUAUUGCCGACGGGAAAAUGAUGCUGACGUUUGACAAGUCGCAGAGUAUUCACGUGUACGCACUUUGUUAG